CACACGUGACUCGUCACCGGUUCACACUCGUCAGUUCUGGUUGCCCUUUGGUUCUUUGAAUGAAAUCGAAAGAUGUAAAUAUGCUUUAGAAAUACUUGUGAGAGUUGCAGCUGAACAUUUAAAUAGGCCAUUUGUAGACACCGCAACACAUCUAGAAACAUCUUCUAAAAGACUGUUAAGUAUGUAUUAAUUUCGUUUUAAGUUAGCAACAGUAUUUCUCUGUAUUUAAAUAGCUCUUGAUUUUCAUGUACUAGUGUCAUUUAAACCGAGGCAGAGGAACAGAAGUGGCGAAUGAAGCCGUCAAGUAUUGAAUGAUCGUUCGGAGUCUCGGCUGAGAAUAUUUUUGAAGUUGAAACGGCCAAAACAUGAUAUCUCGUCAAAGUAAGGAUUUCCUUAUACGGAUCGCGGGAUAUUGGAGACCGCUUUUCAGAGGCAGAUUUCUCAUUGUGACGAACACUGUGAGCUGCGGGGGAAUGUUGACGGUGGGCGACUUGAUCCAGCAGACCCGCGAGAUACGCAGGACACCCGGCCGAACACGUGACUGGUUCCGUACAGGUUGUAUGUUUGCAGUUGGAUGCUCAAUGGGACCCUUUAUGCAUUAUUGGUACCGGUGGCUCGACAAGUACUUUGUCGGCAAUGGCAUUAAUAAUGUCUGCAAGAAAGUGCUUACUGAUCAGCUGGUCGCUUCGCCAACACUGGGGGCCUGGUAUUUUAUUGGUAUGGGUAUAAUGGAGGGCCGCACUUUGUCUGAGGCGCAAACAGAAUUCAGAGACAAAUUCUGGGAGUUUUACAAGGCAGAUUGGUGUGUUUGGCCAGCAGCUCAGAUGGUGAACUUCUACUUCUUGCCUCCCAAGUUCCGUGUCCUUUACGUGAAUAUAAUUACCCUAGGAUGGGACACUUACCUCUCCUACCUCAAACACAGAGACCAAGUAGAAAGUGCCAUUAAAGAUGUUGAUUGAACUGUCUGAAGAAUAUGGAUGAGAUGGUGGACUAUUUAUAAACACAGCUUUGAUCACAAAAAUUUAAUUAUCAUUAUGAACAAGUGUUAAUGGACAAUUUACAGUUGUUGUAGUUUUUUUUUUUUAUAUUAUUUUGAGCUUUUUUUCUGGUAAUGUCAGGUACAUUGAAAAAUUUUGCCAUUGCCAUGUUGUUUUGAGGUGAUUUUAAUGAUUUAGAAUCAUUUUUUAAUUGUCCCAAAUCUGUGGAGAUUAAGGCAAUUUAAAAGAAAGAAAACAAACAAACAAAAAAAAAACAGUACAAUUGUUUUACAAUUAUAUUCUUAUAAAUUCUUAUAUUUUACAGUUUUUUUUUUUUUUAAGUUAUCUUCUGUUAAGAAGUCAUACUUUCAGUUUAUCCAAGCAUGUGUAUGAGCACAAUUAUGUGCGACUACUUGAUAUAAUCUGGAGGCAGGACCCCUGCAAUUACAUGAUAUUUCAAACAUUACAUUGAACAUUAAUUAAUGACCUGAUAAGAACUAUAUAAUGUAUUCUUGUUAUACAAUAAUGUAUAUAAUUUAUAACAAUGUUAUUGUUUGUAUAUAUUUAUUUUUUUUUUAAAUAUGGGUGGCUGAUUGUCUGGGUGGGGGUCCCUGGGUCUGUAAAGUUUGAAAAUCCAUUUGCUGGAGGAACAUAUAAAUGCAUAAGUUCAUCAUGUAGCUUUUUACGGUUUCAAAGUUACUCAUAAAUUGC